AUGCCGCUAAAUCUUGCAAUUGCUCAAAUUCGCCCGGGGACAACUUGUCCCAGUGGAGCAACGACAUGGCGGCUGCCGGAGUGGCCGGCCGACCUCAGUGCUGAGGCGGAGGGCUGUCAGACGGAGAAGAGGCCGGCGCCGAGGGCGGGGGCGGGGGCGAGGGCGCGAAGGCGAGGGCGAAGGGGCGGCCGCGCCGCAAAGCCAACGGGGGAGUGCAAGGCGAGGGAGGAGAGCGGGGCGGAGACGGGGUCGCAGAGGGAGACCUGGUCUGGGGUCGCGACUCAGUCGAGGUCGGGGUUGAAGGCGGGGAGGCGCAGUCGUCACGACGGCCGCUGCGUCUGCGUGUGGGCCGGUGCUCGCAGCAGCCGGCCGAGUCGCGGGCCGGCCGGAGGAAGGCUUUCGGGCAGCAGCAGUGUCCCGACCUGCAACACAGUGUGCGCACGCCUCGUCAGACAAGCUGUUGCAACAGAGAGAGCAUGUUAA